AUGGCUGCGUCAACUGCGGCACUCACAGGCGCGAGCCUAGUUUCGCCCUCUCAUACCCAACGCUCACUUCUUGAAAACGGGGACGUUUUCAGGUUGCUGCAGCUUCCUGAGAAUUUUAUCAUCGGGCUGGACACCGUAGCCCUGACCACCAGCAAGACCUUCCACGGAUUUCGUGAUAUCCCCCCAGGAGUACAUUUCAUCUGGGCCCAGCAACCAGGUGGUGUUUCUAGAUGUGGAUACUGGUUCGUCACUGGAGAGCGGGGGCGGCUGCGAGUGAAAGAAUGGGAUAGAUACAACGAGGUGCUACGAGAACCACGACGCCAAGUUCAAGUGACCGACCAUAAUGACGACCUGGGAACAGUGGCCCAAUUGCUGCGGCCAUAUGUCACCCAAGAUCAACGCAACAGACCGAAUGUGCCGAUUGACAAUGCCCUUCCCGCCUGGGCACAAUCCCCCGCUACCGUCUGGGACACACUCACCACAGCCAUAUCGACGCAAUCUCUCGCUAGGAUCACAGGGAAACAGGGGGUAGAGGAAUUUCUUGUCGAUUUAAUCGACUCAGCCCGAGACGUCCAACCCGACGAACCGAACCUGUCAACAAGCACCACUACUACCACCAACCAACUCAACUUCCUCUUCACCCAAGAUUUUCGCGACCUCCGAAUUCUAGACCUACGUUCUUCUUCAACAGCAACCACCUCCGAGGCCACCGAUACCUCUCUCCGCGUCCAAGCCCUUCUCAGCCCCCACGAACCAAAGGAAAAAAAGCAGCCUCACGACGAACCGAACCCCAAUCCCGAAUCUUCCCUCCUAGCCGAACUACAAUUCACCUUCCUCACCGGCACACACCUGGGCAACCCAGCCUGCCUUGAGCAGUGGUGGGAUCUCGUCCUCAAAAUUGUGCUACGUGCGUAUGACCUCGCGCUGUCACACCCCAAGCUGGUGGCAGGCUUGCUGAGGACGCUGCAUGCGCAACUGUUGUAUACCGAGUACUAUCUCGCAUCACCAGGCGAAGCUUCUGGGGCUGGGGACGGAGCUAGAGCUGGAGCGUAUGCAGGUGGAGAUGAGGAGGGCGAAGGAAGAGGCUUGAGUGGGGAUCGACCGAUUUUUGUGCAUAGGCCGUUGAAUAAAUGGAAGUUGGUGCGGUUACUGAGUGGGUAUCGAGUGCAGCUAGACGGACUGCCACGAGGGGGAGAAGUGGAUGGGACAGCGAGGCUGGAGGAGGUGGAUGAGGUGUUUGGGGAGUUGGUGGGGUGGUUGUGGAGGAUAGACAUCGAUUUGAGAAGGGAUGAAGGAGCGCAGCAGGCAGGAGGGGAAACGGGGGGUGGCCAAGAUAGGGAUAGUGAGGAGGAUGAGGAUGAGCAGCCAGUUGUGGUGGAGUUGGAUGAGGAGGGAAGGGAGGUUGGGUUAGUUUCUUUCCGAGAUUAG